GUGCGUCCUUUGGAGCCGUGUAAACAGCAGCCGAAUGGUGAAAUCGGUGCUGUGAGAAAGUUACUGAAAUCAUGAAUCCUGUGUAUAGCCCUGGAUCUUCUGGGGUUCCCUAUGCAAAUGCCAAAGGAAUUGGUUAUCCAGCUGGCUUCCCAAUGGGCUAUGCAGCGGCUGCUCCUGCCUAUUCCCCCAACAUGUAUCCUGGAGCCAAUCCUACCUUCCAAACAGGUUACACACCAGGCACCCCAUACAAAGUGUCCUGUUCACCCACCAGUGGGGCAGUGCCGCCGUACUCGUCAUCACCCAAUCCCUACCAGACUGCUGUGUACCCAGUCCGAAGUGCCUACCCCCAGCAGAACCCAUAUGCACAGCAAGGCACUUACUACACACAGCCUUUGUAUGCAGCACCACCCCACGUAAUCCACCACACCACAGUCGUGCAGCCCAAUGGAAUGCCAGCAACCAUGUACCCUGCUCCGAUCCCGCCGCCCCGAGGGAACGGGGUCACCAUGGGCAUGGUGGCUGGGACCACCAUGGCAAUGUCAGCAGGUACUUUGUUGACAACUCAUUCUCCAACUCCAGUAGCCCCUCAUCCAGUUACUAUGCCCACGUAUCGGGCUCCGGGAACACCAACCUAUAGUUAUGUGCCCCCACAGUGGUGAUCAUCCUGGCAGUCAGUGUUUAAAGAUGGGAGAUAUGCAAUCAAGAAAUUGAGGUUUAAAAGUUGGUGCUGAAGCCCUCAUGCCUCCAACCAGGACUUUCCUUCUGAAUGCUUUCAACACUUGGCUAAACACUACUAAUUCCUGAUCACUGAAGAUUUUCCAGUGCUGCAUAUCUUACAUCUUGGAACUCCAGCAGUUAGUCUUAAAGCAAAUCCUGUUUUGUGGACUGUCUUGCAAUUUUUUAGCUAAUUAUAAUGAUAAAAAGGGAGUAUAAAUUUAUUCUGAUCCAUAUCUAGUUGAAUGCAUGUUAAAACACAAAAAAACAAAGCUUGCUCAAUCUACCUGCAGUGACUGAUGCAAAAACCAUCAUAUGCAAAUCCAAAGGAACCGAAAAGUAUUUUACAACUUGUAUCACUAAUGCACUGUUGUAAUGUAUGCAGGGUCUGACAAGGUAGAAUCAUGAAAGUGAGUUUCUUUCUAGAAUACCAUAACUUUACAUUAGAUGAGUGCUUCGGCCUGUUUCAGGUUAAUGGAGUUGCCAGUUUAAAAGGGGCAUAUUUUUAAGUGAUGUGUUCUUUUCAAAUUCAGCUAAUAAAUUGGAGCGACUGGAAAAUGAGUCAGACAAGCUGUAGACAUCCCGCACACCAUUAGUUUACUUCAUACCUUUUCAUUUUAAUUGUAUGGAAUCAGUGUUAUACAGAUGUUCUUAAGGAUCAGAAUGAAGUGACAGAGGUAAUGCUGUGUGUGCCAGUAAAUAAGGCAAACUUCCUUGAGGCAAAACUGGCUCUUAGGAUUAGUAGGAGGUGAUAUCACCUGCAGAAUGAAUUGCAUGUCCUGGGGAGAUUUCUAUCCAGUACUAUCUUUCAGAUAAUGCAAGAUGUGUCAAAGUGAGACUGCCACACAGACUGAUAGAAAAACACUUCCUUUUAGUUCUCAGUUGAGCAAAUUCGUGCUGUUUUUCCUAAAGAAUGUUGUAGUCAGUUGAAAAUGUAUGUGCAGUUGAUCCAGCUUGCUUUCCAGAAACUUAAGAAGUGCAAGGGCUUUCUGCAACAGAGUUCAGCUGCAUGUUAUUCUGAGGAAAGCUUGUGUGCCUGAUGAGUGUGUUAAAGGGGAACAAAUCAUUUUAACACAAUUUCCUUAUUAUCUACUUGCAGUAUGGACUAUGGAUACUCUGUAGUAGGGCUGCCAGAAUAUAGAGGGUUUAAAUAGCAGUUUCAUUUUGGUUUUUUUUUUUUUCAUGAAAAUAUUUGUAAUUGAAGUAGGAGCCAUUUGUUGGUUACAGCCUUUUGAUGUGUUUUCUUAGUAUUUUCUUUUUUUUACUUCCUAAAUUGCACUUGGAAGCACGUAAAAUAAGACUCGACUGCAGAUUAGCAUUUCAUUGCAAUGAGUCAUUUGUGAUAUUCUUUCUUGCAACUUCAAUUUUUAAAGUACCUCAAAGCAAAUGCUGUGGGGAUAAAGGGCUAGCCUUGGAACCAAUUUGUAUACCAAAAUUGUUACGGGAGAGAUUUUAAAUUUUUAAAUUUGAAUAUUGCACAUUAAAACAGAGGUUCUUCUUAAACCUGCUUGAUUUACAAUUCCAGAAAGAUGCAAUUUUUUUUAUACAUUCUGCCUGCAAUAAAUUAUGCAGUAAAUGGAUCUAAAAUGUUGUUCCCUUUUAAGCAUUUACACAGAGGUAUAUCAGGCUGUCUUGUUCUCAUAGGUUAACUUCCAUUCUGAAUUAAAUUUUUUGAAGUUGUGUAUCUUAGUUAUGCUUUGUUUUGGGGUGUUCUGCUCCUGUACAGGUUUGGCAGCUGAUUUGGGGUAGCAUCAGUGCUGAUUUAGUGCUGCCAUCCCAGUACUCUGCCCUGGUGAGAGGCUUGUGUACCUUCAUACCCCAUCGGUGAUUAGAGCCUUCAGUAACUUUAUUUUUUACAGUAAGCACUCUCUGUAUUUUGUACCCUUUUUUUUUUUUUAAUAAAGUUUAGGUUUAUUUUGCAUGAAUCACUGUCAGUGGAUGGCCCCCUUAUUUCUAAUGCCUUGAACAUAACUAUGUUGUUGGAAUAAGUACUUUCAACCUUACUCAUGAGCACUUAACUGCAGCUUAGGGAUUUCCAUAUGUUUUUAUAUGGAGCAGAAAAUUAUCUAAGACAAACGUAGUUGAAUCUGUACUGCUUUGUUCAGUGUGUGUAACAAUUCCAUUUGUGUGUUAGAUUUGCAGCUGUGGUCAGUCAGGUGUGGCAGAGCACAGUGAGCACCAACGCAGGGCACUCUUCCUGAGCAUGGCUCUAACCAGGAGCUGAGGGCUGGAGCACUGCUGUGUUGGGGAGGAGCUGUGAGGGCCAGGCUGGAAGUUUUGCUGUCUCCUGUCUCAUCACCAUGAACUAAAGUCAUAGGAGAGAACUUCCAUGAAUGCUGCAGUAGAGAAAUAGUUAAGGAAUUAACAUAACUUCCUGUAUAUUUGCUCUAACUUCAGAUUCCUAAAUGCCAUCUUGGAGUUGGUCUCCGUGUAGUAUUCCAUAACACUUAGGCAGUCUCACUUACUUGAGCACUUUUUUUCCUAAGUUGCAUUAUGGGAUUCAUCCAGGAGGGAGAAACUGUACCUUUUUCAGAGGUACUGCACCUUCCAGUCCUGAGCGAUUCUGAUCCUACUGGGAGGCUGGAGCUUGUCUCCAGGAGUUGUUCUGAAAAGUAACCAAAAGCACAGUGCAGGGGGAUGGGGGGAAUAUGUGUAUAUAUAACUAUCUUAAUGGUAUUUUGUUGCAAAUAGUAGAAAGCAUGGAUAUAAAACUGCAGUGGGGGAAACUGUACAUCAUUAACAGGCGUUUACACAGUGAGGGUCUUACGAAACAUUCUCUCCUGCUUUUUAUAUAACAUUCCCUAUUUAGAAUUCCUUUAUAAAUGAAAACACAGUAUGUGUUUGCACUAAGGCUCCUCAGCAAAUGGAAGAGCUAGUGCAGUAGAGACAUUUCAGAUCAAGCUUCUCUUAAAAAAAAGAAAACUUUUAUGGCAGCUUUAUGUGAUUAAAAAAAAAAAA